CUACUUUAAUUCGAUAAUGCUUGGUUUUGUUUCUAAGGUUCUACAAACUUCGGUGUCAUACCUUACGGUACUCGGAUCUGUUUAAUAAUAUAACAACUUACAUUAAUGCUAUUUGAUAUUUAUGUGAUGACAUUAAUAUCCCAUCGAGAAAAAAACAUGUGUGUUUAAUAUUUUAAUUACAAUGACGUACUGCUGUUAGUCAUUAUACAUAAUAUAUACAUAAUAUUUACAUAAUAAAAAUAUUUACAUAAUAAUAUUUACAUUAUAACAUUAUGCAUAAUAAUAUUUGUAUUAUUAUACAUUAUAAUACAAUUUACAUACCUAUGGUUUAUAAAAUUUUACCGCCUGUCAAAAUAUGAUUGUGUCAAAUAUAGAUUUAAUUUUUUGACAAUUCAAAUAUAAGUGAUGUUGCUCCCAAUUUUUUAUUGCGUAAGAAAAAAAGAGAUGAAGCAUUUCGUUGAUCAAUAAUACGUUCUAUAAAAAAAAAAAAAAAAACUUGUACAACGCAACACUCUUAUCAAUUACACUUUGUCUUUCUCUACGUUAAAUUUCCUGUUAAGACAUAUAAAUAAUACACCAUUAUAAAUAUACUAUUUUUCGUACGAGAUGUAUGUACUAUGUGUCAUGCUGUUAUAACACACGGAGACACGCCGUAAUUUUUACGCGAAGACAACCCGCAAUUUUUACGCGAAGACAACCCGCAAUUUUUACGCGGUGACAUUGCAGACAUAUAACAUUAUGUAUUGAAUUAUGUAUGGUAUUUUUGAGUACCUUGAAUCGUCCCUCGUACCAAGGGAUAGAAAAAUGAUCGGAUAAAAUAAAAUUUUGAAAUUAGUCGAUUGUGCGAAGUCAAAGACGAGAGGCUACUUACAAAUUAUGAACUCGACUUGGGGUCAUUAUUACAAUGUUAUUAAAAGAGUUUCAUCAUUGUCUGGUCAGUGGCCUUAUCAGAGAUCAAAAACGAGACUGUUCUGUGUGUGCUUGGUAACUCUGAGCACGAUUUCUAUGAUUAUUCCACAAAUAGCCAAAUUUACUACAUGCAAUGGAGAUUUGCAAUGUAUCUUUGAAACUAUGACAUCUUAUAUGUUGACAACAGUAACAUUGGUAAAACUGUAUACGUGCUACUUUAACCGAUCUAAAAUUAAAAUGCUAAUUGAUCGAUUAUUUGUCGAUUGGGACGAACUGGAAACACCGGAAGAGUACGAAAUUAUGAAAAAAUAUGCCGAAAAUGGCAGGCGAUAUUCCUUAGGAUAUUCCUUGUAUUGUUUUACAGCCGUAUGUAUAUUUAUGUGUGUGUCUCUCAUACCGCAAUUAUUGGAUGUCGUAUUACCCCUCAACGAAUCUCGUCCUAUAUUGCCAACGUAUCCGGGAUAUUAUUUCGUCGACGAGAAAAAAUAUUUUUUCUACAUUUUCUCGCAUGCUAUCGUGGCUUGGGAAAUCGCUAUGACCGGAAUAGUCACUCAUGACUGCAUGCUCCUGAUUUACGUCGAACACGUCUGCAGUAUUUUCGCUAUAGUCGGAUUUCGUUUUGAACAAUUGACGUGUAAACGCACUGAUUCUAUGAAAAUUUUACAUUCUCAAUCAAACGACAUUUCCAGACGAAUCGCAUUCUCGGUGCACACGCAUCGAAAAGCUUUAAGAUUUGCCGAGCUUAUAGAAGAUAUCUUUUCACUUACACUGGCUAUACAAUUAGCGUUGAACACGGUAAUGAUCAGCAUUACUCUGUUACAAAUUACGCAACAAGACAGUGAUAUUUUAGAAUCACUGAGAUAUGUAUUGUACGUAGUUGCUCAACUGAUUCAUCUAUUCUGCCUCAGUUUCGAGGGACAGAAACUGAUAGAUCAUAGUCUUCAAACGCGUGACAAGAUCUACAAUAGUUUUUGGUAUGAAACAUCCGCGAAGUCGCAAAAAAUGCUUCUAUUCGUGAUGCGAAAGAGUCUUCGACCUAUUUUUCUGAGUGCCGGCAAGAUUUAUAUUUUCUCAAUGGAGAGCUUCACCACGGUAAAGAUUUUAGAAAUAUACAAUGCGUUGAGCAAGAUAGAACAGUUUCUUUAAUAACACGUGUUCUUAUUUUAAAGGUCGUGCAAACAUCGAUGUCAUACUUUACGAUACUCGCGUCAUUAGAAUAAUCAAGUAAUGGUUGAAAUCCAGCCUAUUUAGA